GGCUGUGUGUGAGACCAACACAUCGACCUCAAUGAUGUGGUGGAAUAAGAGGUCACUAGCAGUCACCAAGGCACUCCAACCAUUGGCCGAUUGCUUCCACGAAAAAGAAAAUAUCACCUACCAAUGAAGGUGAUGUAGCGAAAGGCAGCACCAACUUGAUGAUCGAGAUGUACGUCACGUUUCUGGCGUGACGCGCAUAGUACUUAAACAAAGGAUCCCCGAGUUUGAACGGCAUCAUACUUCUCAGCCGAGUAGAGGCUGGCCCAUACUCGAGGUCUUUACCAUGCCUGAGGCUCCUAACAACCGUUCUGCCUCGUGGGCGACUCGAGGCGCACCAUUCUCUCCUCCGACACCUCCCGUUGUCAGAGCCCCGCCAUUGACCGACUACGAUGACCUCGAUGCAGGCCACCACGGUCACACUCCUACAUAUUCGACGACUUCUACAGUCUUCGAUAAUUCACCGGCUCGGAACAGCCAUGGGGAUGUCCAGGUUCACACCGCACCUAUGUCCUGGCCUAGCGAUGGACCAGCAAUGUACUUAGCGCCACCGAUGCCAGCGACAACUCCGGGUACCCUACAGACCACCGCGGAUGACCACGGCAUUACCAAUAUUCAACACUUUCCUGCCCACUUUAUACCGUCAUCAUAUAUUGGAUCUUUUGAGAACAUGCCUGAUGCGAUCGCGGGGAUGGGGUCACUAAACUCGGACUCUGGCUCGGGCUCAAUCGCAUGGAUGCAGGACGGGAUUGCCGAACCGAGACUGUUUGGUCUACAAUGUGGGUGGACGGGUUGCACAACUACCCAGCCUUUCAGACGGCCAGCAGAUCUGGCCAGGCAUGUGCAAACCAAACAUAUAAACCCGCUAUCCUACCAGUGCCCAGAGUGUGGGCAUCGCUCCAACCGCAGGGACAAUUUGUCCGAUCAUCGACUGAGAGCUCAUUACCGUCCGCAGAAUUUGACAAGGAGGCAUUCCUAAAGGCUGUAUUAUUUAUGCUGUCAGUGGCUGGCUUUCCAUGACAAUUGGGGUUAGGGGGUGUUUGUGCAUAUCCCCCUUAAUAUCUUCUAUUUGAUUUUUCCCUUACAUUUUCUGGUGUUUUCCUCGCUUUCUUUGCGCGAACCCCUAGCGUUGUGAAGCACACGCGGCGUUGUUCAUUGCAUGACAGGGUGUAUUGCAACUCUUCCAAUUUGCCGGCUUCCAACGCACAUGUUUCGUUCCUACUUGCAUUUAUUUCUUUAUUUAUCCUUUCGGGUGUUUCACUGAGCGCCUUUUGUGCACAUAACAGCCUAAUAUGUUAUGCGGGAUUGUAUUGCAUGUCUGUCGGUGCUGUUAUCGGACCUUCUUCCACUCUGGUGAUUUCGAUGCAUAUCUCUCAUUAUCGGCGGAAGUUGUUUCAGUGGCUUAAUUUCACUCGUUCUGAAGGCGGCGCCAGUAAUCUGGAUGAUCUCGCAAUAUCGUCAACGAAAUUCAUUGUGUUUGCAACUGUAACUGAAACUCACUUUAGGAGAGAGGAGAG